AUGCUCUACUCCACCAUCUUCUUCGCCGCCUCGGCCUUCUCUGGCCUUGCCGCCGCCCAGGUCCAGUCUGGCAACUACACCAUCGACCCUAACUCGGUCGACUCUACCACCAGAGCCAACUGGUGCCGUGCCGAGACCAACACCUGCCCUAUCCUGUGCGGUGGUAACCUCUACAAGUCCAACACCUGCACUCAGUCCGACCUGACCUACACCUGUGUCUGCAACAAUGGUGUCAGCCCUGAUAUGUCGCUGUACCAGAACACCAUCCCUACCUUCGUCUGUAACGAGUACAAGGGCCAGUGCCUCGCCACCAACGCUGGAAACGCCACUGCUCAGGACCAGUGCCAGAAGAUUUCUUGCGGCAACCAGACUGCCUCCAACAUCAUCUCUUCUUCGACCUCUGCUUCCAGCUCUUCUGCUACUUCCAGUAGCGGCACCGUUGCCAGCGCUACUUCCGCUGUCGCUAGUGGCGCUUCCUCGGCUGCCUCGAGCGCCUCGUCCGCUGUCUCGACUGGUGCUGCCACCGCAGUCACCGUCGGCAACGGUGCUCUCGUCGCCUCUCUGUUCGGUCUUUUCGCCUACGCUCUGUAA